UGAUUGGUAGAUCGAGAGUGGACUCACCACAUGGUACACGUGCAGACUUGGAUGGCGUCUCCACCAUGGAUCAUUUUGGUUCUCUUCCCAACACACACCAUUUCGAAGUCGUCCCUGUGCCAUGUCAAGUUGUUGAGAACAAAGUGGGCUCCACACAAAUCACCAAAAUCCGCACUCUUUUCAUGGAAAUUGCCUUCAGCUUUCUCUGCCUCUCAACCUUGCGCAUCAGUUUCACACUCGCUUUGAACCAGCACUCCUUCGAAACACUCGUAAAUCGUCAAAAUGAGAACUUUUGCCUGCAUUCUCGCGGCUGUUUCUGCUCUAGUCUCCAUGGCCUUUGCCGAAAUCCCUCUCUGUCCUGGCGUUUUCACCGCUAUCCCCGAUGUGAGCGCGGCUUCUCAUGCUGCGCCUGUGCCAGAGGGCUACGCAAGAUCUUUCCUCGCGCUGGACAGCGCAGUGCAGAAUGUGGGAGCGUAUCUCGGACUCCAGCAGCUGACGACCUACAACGUGACCGAAUGUGCGGCUUUCUGUGGCGCGACAAACGGGUGCCGGGCGUUCAAUAUCCAUGCUGAGACUCAGACUCUUGAGGAACCCGUGAGCUCCUGCAACGAGAUCUUGUUCCACUGCGCGCUGUACGCUGCGCCUGUGUUCCAGGAUAUGGCGAGCAACUAUGGGCAGCUGGAGAAUCGGCUUAGUGUUUUUGCGUCGAAUGGUUACAACGCCGACGAAGUCGUCAUCGCAACCGAGCUGCUCACCACCACGGUAACCGUAACGUCCACCCUGCACCACGCCACCACCGUCACAAGAAUCGAAACCUCGACCGCGGUCUCCACCGUCGUCCAAACGUCGCCAUCCAGCGCCGCCGCGCUCGCAACUUCCACACUCACCGACGACACCACCACAGCAACCAUCGUCUCGACCUCCCUUCCCACCGUGCUCCCCACCCCGAGCACCCUCGCGACCCAAGUCUCCCCAUCCCCAUCAUCCGUCGACGCCGACCCGCCAAACGUCAGACUGGCGGCCCAUGUCGCCGCAGACGACAAGCCCACCGUCUCCCGAACGUACGGCUUCGAUGUUGCGGCCACACCCCUCGAGCUCGGGCCGGAUUCCACCGUCGCCAUCGAGGAGCGCGGGACGGACAAGCUCGCGCCGACGUACAUUCGUCAAGGAUCAGGCCCAUCUGAUGCGUAUGUGGUGGCUAAGCGUAGGAUGGGACUUUCAGCACGGCGGCUGCGUGUCGGCGGGCGAGGCGUUGCCAUCGGCGGCGGAGGUUGACGCCAGAGCAAGCUGCAUCUGCAGUGGGACUUGGAGAGUUGGAUGGGCAGUAUGAUGGUGGGAGGGCACUUGAAGUGCUACCAAAAGUGUUUGUUGGGACGCUGUCUGUCUGCUUCUGUUGCAGACCACAGACGAAUUGGUUGGUUGUCAAGUAUUAGCAUUAUGGUAGUAUAGAUGGUUAUGUAGUUUUCUCAUUUACUGGACCCGACUCGAUCCGAUGCGCAUGCGCGUCGGUCGACGUCUCC